AUGAUUUAAAUUGAUGAUAAGCCUGAAUAAACUAUCAAACAUAAAUUAAUUGACAAUUCAAUAAAAUAGACAGAUUGUUAUUCAAUCUCUUUUAAUUAAAAGUCUUCAAUUAUGGUUUCAGCAUGUCAAACAGAUAUAAAAAUUUGGAAAUUUGCUGAAGGUAAAAUUAAAGAAGAUCAAACUCUAAAAGGACAUCAUAGCUUUAUUUAUUGUAUAAUUUACAGUAAGUACUGUGAUGCUUUUUUAUCUGGUUCUUAAGAUUGUACAAUUCGCUUAUGGAAAUUAGUCUAAUAAAAUGAAUGGAAGAGUUCAUAACCUUAUCUUGAACAUCGCAAUACUAUAACCUGCUUAGCCUUGAAUUAAAGUGAAAAUGAAAUGGUCUCAGGAAGUAGUGAUAAUACAAUAGUAGUCUGGAAAAUUAAUUUCAUUUAGAAUGAAUUAUCUUAUUUGUAUAAAUUAGAAAAACAUUAAGGAACAGUUAGAGCCUUAGAUUACAAUUUUUCAUCAAACAUUUUAGUAUCCUGCGGAAGGGAUAAAUCAAUCAUUGUUUGGUAAAAAGAUCAAGAAGAAAAGUGGCAAUUUCAUUAAAUAGUUAACAAUAAAAUCGAAGAUGAAGGAAUGAAAAUCAAAUUUUUGAAAGAUGAUCAAUUCAUCUGGGUGCCCUAGGAUCAUAAAUACGAUUUCAUAUCUGUUUUUGAAAACCAAAAUAACCAUUUUGUAGAAAUUGAAAAUAAAAAAAUAAACUUAAUAAAAAAUGAAUAAUGCAAUGAUUAUUGGUAUUUUCCUGUAUUUCAUAUCAAAGAGAGGAAUUUAAUAGUAGUACGUCAUAAAUUUCAUUUGUAUAUAAUAGGUGAAAGGAAGAAUGGAUAUUUUCAUAUUUUAGAUAGCAUUAAUUGCAAAACUUGGAGUAUUUAUGGAUCAUUAACUGUAAAUGGUUCUUAUUUAGUGUACUGGGAUAAUAUAAAUAACUCAUUUUCGGUAUAUGAAUUAAUUAUUAAUAAUUUUUGA